GAUGGUGAGAUAAAACCCUAUGAAGCGCAUAGUCGCAGUUAGUUAGGGGCAUAUUCCAUGGCCAUGUCGCAGCGGAUGAGAAGGUUCUGCUUUCAGCUGCGUCUCAAGUCGACGCAAUUGUUCAUUUUGGCCGGUUCGGUGGUGUUGUCGCUGCUCGUGUCGCUGCUCUGCAUUGGCUUCACCAUACGCUACGAGAUGGAGCACGAGGUGGCCAAUGUGGGCGACGUGGACUACUGGAAGGAUGCGGUAUCUGCCGAGCAGAAGCUCUGGUACGACAAGGGCAUUGAGGAGCUGAAGCGGGCGCUGCGUGUGCACUCCAAGCGCAGCCAGCCCCAAGAUGUGUGGCUGCUAAUGAUCCAUGGCAUUGAUGCGCCCGCCCUGGCGGCGGCACGUUUCAACGGCUCACAGCAUUCGGGCUACAUCUGGGAUCGAUUCCCGCAUGCGGCACGGCUGAAGAACAGCUGCAGCUACAGUUCGCCCUGCGAUGCGUCGGCCGUUUUCCGUGCCCUCUGGACGGGUGUGCCGCUGGCAGCUGUUCAGCGUAUGCGGAGCAACUGCAGCGCGGCGCCCGGCCAGCUGCGCAGCGUGCUGCGUCAGGCCCAGCUGGCGGGCCUGCGGACCGGCUUUGUGACCAAUCAACGUCUGACGGGAGCCAUGGGCGCGGCUCUGUACGCGGAGGUGGCGCAAAGCAGCUGGGAAUGCGAUAGCCUGAUGCCGGUGGGUGCCAUUGAGUCCGGCUGCCAGGAUGUGGCCCAGCAGCUUGUCUCAGGUGCAACGGGGCAGGCGUUAAAUGUGCUGCUAGGCGGCGGCCGGCAGCUGUUCAAUGCCAAAGUGCCCACAUAUGAGUGGGAUCCGUCGGAUGAGCUGCUGUGCCGCGCCAGAGCUGGUCGCAAUUUGUUGCGCGAUUGGCGCAAUCAAAAACUGAAAAGCAAGCCCAUGCCACGCUUCGAGCUGGUGCAGCAUGAACAGGAGCUCAGCUCCAUCAAUGGCAGCAGCCUGGACUAUCUGCUGGGCGUGCUCGCCAAUGGGGAUUUGAGCGCCAACUACCGGGCGCCCACGCUGCAACUGAUGCUAAAUCGAACGCUGCAGGUGCUCAGGCGUCCGGGUGUGGGGCAUCUGUUAAUUGUGGAGCACUAUGUGCAGCCGCACAUGGAUGCCCGGCAGCAGCUGCAGCUGCUCAAUGCGACGCUGGCCCGUUUGAUGGGCCAAAAGGAUCUGCUGACAAUGGUGCUGCUCACGAAUGGCAAUUAUCUCAGCUCCAGUCGGGAUGUCAGCGAGGAAACGCAGCUGGUCAGCACUUUGAAGGAGUCUCUUCAAGGGCCCGAGUUGCUGUUGCAGCGCAGGCUGCAGCAGUUGCCAUCUGAGAGUCUGCUCUUCGCACAGGGACCCAAGUCCCUGCUCUUCUAUGGCGUACACGAUGAAACCUAUCUGGCUCAGGCUCUGUCCUAUGCCCUGGGCAUUGAUAUUUUUGGCAGGCAGCUCUAGGCAGCAGCUAAGCCAAGCCCCACAACAAUUUGUGGCUCGCUGGUUCGGUUUACGGUUCGAACGAAUGCUCCGUUCUCAAGUUCCCGGCGUGAACCAUGCCACAGCUGUUUACACAGGUUUUGCUUAAAUACCUUUAUUGCAAAUACAAUUUAUUUUCCUAACAUCA